AUGGUUUCAGAUGGAAACUCCCCCGGCAAUGAAGUGAAGCCAGAUAGCAGCAGUCAAGGUCAAGUGAGCGAGGUGGUCCACUUGCAGGAUGUCCUGGCCCUGGAUGCUGGAGGGUGCAAGCCUAAGGUGCUGCUGCCGCCCUGGGCGUGCCAAGGGCCAGAGGUGAGCAGGUUUGUCCUGGCCACCUCCAGAGUCAGAUCAAGAUUUGAGGUGAGCCGGGGCAGUGGUGUGGAGUACCCCGGGGAUGCUCUUGUUGAGGGCAACAGUGACGUUUUCUAUUUUGUUGUCUUAGGUACCGUGAGCAGGUGUGGAGCUGAAGCUUGGAGAGAGCAGCUGCCAGAGCGGACCGUGGGGAAUGUGUUGACAUUUGUGGUCCCCAAGGCCGAUUCCCAUCCCUGCAGUCACCGAUGCUACCGCUUUUCCCAGAAUCUGCCCUUCCAGGUCAUGGAGCAGCAGUUGGAAGAUGUGUUGAUGUGUCUUUGUCAGUGGAGUGUUGAUGAGGAAGCCAGGCCUGCUGAGGAGGAAGAUGAGGAGGUGUGUGAGGAUGGAGACAGCGGCCACCAAAGGCUGGGGAAGGCACAGAUCCAGCUCCUGCUUGAAUUUGAACAUAACCUUUUCCUCUCAAGGUCACCGGCGAGCCUGGGACAGGACCUGAGCCAGAGCUUGUUGGGCCCUGGCAGCGAGAGGCUAGCAGCAAAUGGUGCUGGAGAGUUUUUGGGAGCGCUGUGGGUCACCGGCGAGCCUGGGACAGGACCUGAGCCAGAGCUUGUUGGGCCCUGGCAGCGAGAGGCUAGCAGCAAAUGGUGCUGGAGAGUUUUUGGGAGCGCUGUGGCCCAGGGCCAAGCUGGAGAAAAGGUAGAGAGAGUGGCAAGUGGGAGUCCCAUGUUUAGAUCUGCCUUUGGAUUCCAGUUCCUCCCGGGGGGUCUGUGCUGCUCAAAGUACAAAGGAAGGAGAUGUUGGAGUACCUGUUUGUUCCCCUGUGGAGCUUGGAAGAGAUGCUGAGGGUGAAAUUCCAGGGAAGCUGCGCUUGCAGAGCGACUGGAGUGCGAAGCAGUGGCAGCUGUUUGCCGUGGGCCGGUUUCCCCCCUUCGCUUGGGUUCCCUGCUGCUCCUGGGAAUCCCUCAGCACCUUUGCUUUUGCAAGUGCUUUGCUGAAGGGUUUCUGAAUGUGGCAGUGAGCUUCUCUGUUCCUGUUUCUAUGGAGGAUCUGUUUCAGGAAAUGUCUCCUUAUCUGGAUGGAUUCACAAGUUCCUGUUAAAGCACCCAAACACAACAGAGGGAAUCCUGGAGGAGGUGGAAAACGCUGUCACUCCAUCAGUGGAAUUCCUGGGCAAUGGAAAGCAGCAGAAGCAGCAAGAACAGAGUUGGAAGCAGGCUCCAGCCGGGCUCACCAGUCAGCCGGGCUAUCCAAGUC